UGCGACCAUAAUAAUUUACAUCAGGUGAUUUACACCAUCACUGCUAAAGUUUAAUCUUAGCAUGUAUUUCUCGAUGCAUAGGAAUGACAAUUUUGAUUUUUUUUGAUAAAUGUUAGAGGGAAGAUAAUAUCCCAAAGCUCACAAAGCCAAACUUUUGCCAUUAUUUUCUUUUUCGACUGCAAAAACUAUAACGGAAUAUCAUGAGUAUCCGCAGCUAAGCAGAACAUAUGCCAUACUGACUCCAAAGUCGCCUUCUAUGUUGUUUUUGUAAGCUAUUCGGUAUAAAAUCUCGGAGUUUCAAAAAAUAUAUACUUAUUACCAUUUUAAGUGGUUUUCUGGGCCGUGAUGCCUAGAACUUGUCAUGUAAGAAUUUUUACCCUUAGAAGGGACAAGGUAGUUGUUUUAAUUUUGACCUGCAAGCAUUUGUUUGUUUAGCUUUCCGUAACGUAUAUUUUAUUCUGUUGUACUCGCCGACUGUAAUUAUUGAUUUUAUCCUAGUUUUGCAAUUUCCAUAUUCUCUCUCUCUCUCUUUUUCUAGAUCUAUAUCAACUCUAAUUAUAUUCAUCCUAACGAAUACUAUGUUUCAUUGAUCGAAGUAAGAAAUUCCCAAGAUUUUAACACUUUAAAAUAGGAUGCUAGACUUGCUUUUCAACCAAAUACUGAUAAAAUAUAAUUAUUAGCAAACUAAUCACUAAUGUGCCAAACUAUUGAAAGAAUCAGGAAAUAUUCAAUACGCCCUAGAAAGUUUCCAAAAAUGCGUUAAAAUGAAUCCCAAUAACGCCGACAAUUUGAAAGAGGUCGCAAAAUGUUUGUACAAAUUGAGGAGAUUCAAGCUCGCCCUUAAAGCUUAUCUUGAGGCGGAAUUGCAUUCUAAGUAUGGGGACUGGCACCUCUAUUAUUACAUUGCCCAGUGCUAUUGGAAAUUACGUGACCUAAAUCAGGCAAAAGAUUACGCUCACAAAUCCGUAAAAGUUGCAAAACAAGAAGAAUCAUAUGCUAUCUUGGUGAAGAUUCUUUUGGAUGAAGGAGAUAUCAAGUCUGCGGUAUCUGUUGCCAAUGCCGCGGUUGAAUCGUGUCCCGAUAGUGCCAAAAUGUUUACGGAGUCUGGACUACUAUACUUAAAGAUAGGGCAGAAUCAGCAUGCUUUUGAAAGGUUGAGUCAAGCACUGGCUUUAGAUCCAACUUGUUCCCGAGCCUUAUUUGGCAUAGGAUGUAUAACCCAGAUGCAUCAGGAAUACGAUGUAGCACUAACGAAAUAUAAAAUCGCAGUUCCAUACGAACCCGAUUCAAUUUCCUUAUGGAAUAAUAUUGGAAUAUGCUUUUAUUCUAAACAGAAGUAUGUUGCUGCCAUCAGUUGUUUGAAGAAAGGACUCUGGAUCUCACCAUGCAACUGGACGCUCCUCUUUAAUUUGGGUUUGGUGUACUUAGCGACGAGUCAAACUGCCUCUGCAUUUAACUUUGCAUGUGCUGCUGUCAAUUUUCGACCAGAUGUUGCCGAAUGUUUUGAAUUAUUGGCAUAUGUACUAUUGGAACUGAAGGAUCUCGAGAACGCUCAAAAAGCCAUAAGACAGGCUUGCAUUUUAGCUCCAAGCAACACGACAACCGUAAUAAAUGCAGCUGUGGUGCUCCAUGUUGCUGGCUCAAGCGAAAAUGCUUCAAUAUUUUUGAAGAAAUUCGAAGAACUGGUUUCCGAAGGGCAAACUUUAUCAAAUGAGAUUUUGGAACUUGCUGAAAAACUAAGGCUAAGUCUAAGGGACGCGCCUGGUGAACAUUUAGACCCAGCAAAUAAAGCGGAUCAAUCGAAGAAUGACACCGCUGUGCAAUCAUCCGACGAGCGAUUGGUGCUUAACGGCGAUGAGGUUUAAAUAAUUGUAACACAUAACAAAAUAAAAGUAGUG